AUGGGUGGCUUUGGAGCCCAACUUCGAAGAAAGCAGUUCAUCCUCCUGGGUCUCUUUCUUCUGCAAAUUCAGAGUCUGGGUCUGGACAUCGAUAGUCGUCCUACAACCGAAGUCUGUGCCACGCACACAAUUUCACCAGGACCCAAAGGAGAUGAUGGUGAGAAAGGAGAUCCGGGAGAGGUGGGAAAGCAUGGCAAAGUGGGACGCAUGGGGCCAAAAGGAAUUAAAGGAGAACUGGGUGAUAUAGGAGACCAAGGCAACAUUGGCAAGACUGGGCCCUUUGGCAAGAAGGGUGACAAAGGGGAAAAGGGUUUGCCUGGGAUACCUGGAGGAAAAGGCAAAGCAGGUACUGUCUGUGAUUGUGGAAGGUACCGAAAAGUUGUUGGACAACUGGAUAUCAGUGUGGCUCGCCUCAAGACAUCGAUGAAGUUCGUCAAGAAUGUCAUAGCAGGGAUUAGGGAAACGGAAGAGAAAUUCUACUACAUCGUGCAGGAGGAGAAGAACUACAGGGAAUCCCUGACCCAUUGCCGGAUACGGGGUGGCAUGCUAGCCAUGCCCAAGGAUGAAGCUGCCAACACGCUCCUGGCUGACUACGUCUCCAAGAGUGGCUUUUUCCGGGUGUUCAUUGGAGUGAAUGACCUCGAGAGGGAGGGUCAGUAUGUGUUCACGGACAACACUCCACUGCAGAACUACAGCAACUGGAAGGAGGGGGAGCCCAGUGACCCCUAUGGUCACGAAGACUGUGUGGAAAUGCUGAGCUCGGGCAGGUGGAAUGACACUGAGUGCCAUCUGACCAUGUACUUUGUCUGUGAGUUUAUCAAGAAGAAAAAGUAA